AUGCUGCUCAGCAAUCUGUGGCGCGCCGCGCUGACGGCGGCUGCCCUCACGGCGUCGACCCGCGCCGACGACGCCAACAACCCCACGGGCCAGUCCACCUUCAUCUCGCCCGACAAGAGCCUCGCCUUCGCCUUCACCGGCCCCGACAACGGCAACACAGACGUCUACUUCAGCCUGCGCGUGUCCACAGACCGCUCCUGGGGCGCCAUUGGCCUCGGCAGCGACGACAUGCCCGGCGCCCUCUUCCUCAUCCUCUACCGCAGCAAGAACAAUCGCGACUACGUCACCUUCUCCCCUCGCCUUGCCUACGGCAACUACGAGCCCAAAUACUAUCCCGACCUCAAGUUCGAGAUCCUCAGCGGCACCGGCGUCGACGACGGCUUCAUGACCUUCAACGCCGUCUGCAACGAGCACUGCCGCAGCUGGCCCGCCGGCGGCACCUCCAAGGGCUACAUUGACGUGUCGUCCCCGAAUCAGAAAGCCAUCUACGCACUGGGCCCCAAGGAGAGCUUCAGCGACGACGAGCCGGAUGCGAACCUCAAGAUGCACAGCGAGCACGGCACUUUCACCAUCGACAUGAAGAGGACCCAGGGCCGCGCCGACUUGCCCGUCCUCACUGAGGACUCUGUGGCUGAAGGCACCACGCUCAACAGCCGUUCCACGGGCAAUUUCGACUGGAAGGCGGCAGCUCACGCAGCGUUCAUGGUCUUCAGCUUCAUGCUACUGCUGCCAAUCGGUGCGAUUCUCAUUAGAUCGGAGAAGCUGGCCAAGUUUCACAAGUUCAACCAGACAUUCGCCCUCGGUCUCGUUCUCGGAGGUUUUGCCUUUGGUAUCUUGACGAGCUUCAACUAUCAGCGGUCCCGCGGAUUUCACUCGCUCCACCAGGUCCUGGGCUUCAUCGUCAUUCUCCUCAUGUUUGUCCAAUUGGCCGCUGGGAUUCUACAUCAUCUCAAGUGGCGAAAGACCAAGCAGCCCACAACGUAUGGCAAGAUUCACCUCUGGAACGGCAGAAUCGUCAUGACUCUUGGCGCAGUCAACGGCUAUAUCGGAUUUGGUUUCGCGCUCGAUCGCAGAUAUGCCCUCAUCGUUCUCGGAAUCGUCUUCUUUUUGGUCAUGUGCACCUUGGGAUACAUCGUCUGGGCGGCCAAGCGCCAGAUGCCCCGUCGCCAGCAGGGCCCCUCCGGCUUCGAGGGCCUCAACCACAGCUACCAGCAGCAGCACCCAGAGCCAUGGCGAAGCACCGGCUACACGGCAACCGUCACCGCUGCGCCAUCGUAUCCUAACGAUCCCCCUCCGGGAUACGAAGCCCCGUCGGCACAGAUUGGUCUUCAGAACGUUGCACCGUGGAGGGGCGCGACUCCUGGAAGGGAUAGCUACGAAGAUGAGCCUCUUAAUUUGGGCUCGAGCCAGAAACCGAGAGAGUUCUCUUGA